ACAGCAGCGGCGUUCGUUGGAGCGAUUCUGGCUGUCAAGUUCAUUGCGGAACAGAUUUCGUCGACUGUCACUGCGACGAAGGAAUCCCUAAAAAAUCGAGGCCUCCAUAUUUCCGACAAAGGCGUCUCGGUUAAAACAACCUCGCGAUACACGCUCGAGGACUACGUCGAUGCUACCCAACGAGGGUUCAUCAAAGCUAUGAACGCAGGGAGUUUCUCAACAGCUGAGAACAUCGAAGGCUCUUCCUCCUCCAAGCCUCAGCCGAUCACGCCAUCCCGUUCGAAUUCCUCCGAC